GAACAGGAAAUAAACUACCCGAUUAACCACAUGUUAUCUACUUACUGUCCAGGUACCGGCAUAUCAACCGUAACGCUCUCCACACGGCAAUCCGGCAAGCUCAAGAUCCCCGGAAGCAUUGUGGGAGAGGAGAGCGUCCACUCACAGUUCGACUCCCACGCAGCUGCGCCCCCCAAACGCUCAAUUCCCGCUCUGCCCGUUGAUCUUGCCUUGUUCCCACGGGGCGUGCAUUUAAGCCUAUUCGAGAACAAGAUGAGAGCCGAUGGCUAAAGACUUGUGCAGCCCUUUGUCUGAACCCCCUUG